AUGACUACGCCUAUGGAAGCGGAAAGCUCUUGGGGAACCAAGAAGCGAGGCGCACCAGAAGGAGGGGAAGGCCUCAGCCUAGAUGCCAUCCGAGAGGUCAUCAAAGGAGAGCUCUCCCUCAACACCAUCAACCUCCAGCAGGAGAUCUCCCAGUCCGUGAACAAACGCAUGGACACAGUGGAAGAGAAGGUGGGGAAGCAGUUGGAACGCACCCUGGAAAAGCUAGCCGCCAUGACGGACACACAAGCAGAGCAAAGCCGGGUCAUUGCAGCAGUCCAGGCCGAACAGAAGGAGACAGGAGGGAGGCUGACGCAGCUCGAGCAAAAGGUGCACCAGUUGCAACUGCAUGGGGGCAGCUCCACGGCUGACACGGAAGGGGGUGGCCAUGGCAUGAAACAACCCGCCCUCAUAUUGGGGGGAUGGCCGGACGACUCACCGGCCACAGAGACAUUGGAGAAGGCCAAAGACAUGAUGAAUCAGUUGCGGGUGGACCUGGACAUGGAAGCAGCCUUUUGCCCAGGGGUCCGCAGAGGAUACGUCAUCAUCCCCUACAAGGCCAGACCCAACGAAACUGGGGGAGAGCUGCGCGACAGACUGCAGCAAGCCCUGCGCCGCGUGAGAACAGCCAACAUUGCCAUGGGCCGCAAGGACGACGGGGGGACAAAAUACUUAUGGAUGCAAAUGUCCCAAUCACCCGAACGCCGCCGGCGAGCACACCUCGCUGGGAAGGUGAAGCGCCUCAUACUCUCAGCCGCGGGGGGACCAGUCCAUGGCCUUGAAGUUGAGUGGCCCACUGGAGAAGAACCCACUGGCAGCACAGAAGGCAGCGAUGGGGAAGACCCGUCGCCAGAGCCACAGAGCACUUUUGUUCCCCUCAAGGGGGUGGACUGUUUUCACCUGGCAACCUGGAACGUGGGCGGCCUUACUGCUGAUGGCACGCUUGACCUGCUGCGCACGUUCGGGGGAGCGAAACACCUUUGCAUGUUGCACGUGAUCAUGUUGCAGGAGAUCAUCACCAAUGCCGGUAAGUUCUUUAAAGAGAAGUGGGGAUGGAAAAUGGUUUAUGGGAAGCAAGAAGGAGAGUUCAGAGGGGAAGCCAUCGCGUUCAGAACAGAAGUGGCGUCGCACACUCAGUCGGCGGUUACCUCAGGAGCGGUGAGCACAGUUUUGCGGUUGCACACUAGCGAGAAGUGGGGGUUGCUGAGUGGACACAUUCCCCACCACGCCACCAUCCCUGAAGUUGACACCAUGUUGCACCACUGGGGGGAACAGCCUGCCUUGAAAACACCCAAGGCAGCAAUAGGGAUGGAUGCCAACGAGCAGUUCACGGCGCCACGCACAGCAGUCACGGCCGGGAGCAGAACGCAGAGCAGCAUGGAAGGCCGUCCAAAAACAACUCAAGGGGAGAGGAAGCAGUACCUCAAGCAGCUGGUGGAACUGGCAAGCGCCAAGGAAUGGCCAGCAUACCGCGAGCACCAACGGCACACCAGCAAAGGAGAUUGGAUAGCCCUGCUGCUGGACGCACACGACUGGCAGGCAGCACUCCUGGACCAUUUCUCCAGCAUCUUCACCAAAGCUGACGGGGGAGCCAAGGCAGCAGCAUUCAAACGAAUGCACCACCAGCUCACCACUGCUUGCAAGCAGACAGCAUGGCGACCCUUCACCCGACAAGAACUCCUUGUCGUGAGCAGCAGGUGGGGGAAGCACAAAAGCACAGGGGUCGACAACAUCGCCCACGAAGCGCUGCAGCUGCUCAUCAUCCUGCACCCAAUCCGGGGGGAAAGAGUACUCGCAAUGCUCAACGAGGCGCUCUACACCGGCAAGCUGCCGGCCCUGGAAAUAACGGAGACGAUGAGAGAACCAGAGGGGCAAAUCGUUGCCAACAUAUGCUCUAUUGCCCUGGCCAUGUUGGCUCAACCGGGCGCAGCUACGCGGGCAAUGCCACAACGAGGGGAACUACCUCAUGAAGCAGACUGCGGAGCGUUGCGUGAAGCCUUCAACCAGAUCACCAGCAUGCGAGUACGAAGGGGAGAAGGCCUCACCAACGAAGAGUUUGCAACGGACCUCAGCUUGGUUCGCAACCUCUGUGGCAUGGGGGCAGAAGAGCUCCGCGAACCCAUGGCAGAUGAAGUGCCGGGGGAAGCCAGACAGCGGGCCAUUGAGGCAGCCAAGGCAGCCUACAAAAUGCUGGACGAACCAUCCUGCCAGCGCUGGGGGGAGACCGGGGACAAGAACGAGAAGACCGAGGCAGAGGCCAACAUGGACGUCGAGAUGGGGGACCCGCCAAGCACAACCGGCACCAAAAGAAAGUGGAUCGGCCGGCAUGGGGUCACAGAAGACGAAGUGGCCGCCCUGGAAACAGACAGUUUCCUUGCAGAUCUGGGGGAAGUGGAAGCAAUGCCAACGCUACCACUCCCAACGGCACCAGACGUCGACUCAGCCGACGCGGAGACCGUGCCGUGGGGAGACAGAGGGAAACGACCCGCACAGACAGACGACGAUGAGGGGGAAAAGCCUCUGUCCCUCAACACUUUUCUGGCAGCACUCAAAGACAACCGCGAAGAGAUCGUGGCUCAGGUCCGUGAAGAUAUGGACAGCCUGGCCAACAGAGUGAGCACCGUUGAGCUUACAGUCGACACCCAUGUUAGCAAUACCACUAAGCUCUUGGAAGCUAUGACAGACAGGCAUUGUGCGAUGGAAGAAAGUGUUCGCAAGGUGGACAGCCGACAGGGGGAGAUGAUGCAACGACUCGAACUUCUCGAGGGCAAGCUCGCCAAGGCCACUUUCUCUCUCUCAAGCACACGAACCUCCGAGAGCGAAGGGGGGAACCCCCGACCAGCACUGGUGGUCGGGGGAUGGGACGCAGAUCAACACCAUGAGGAAACCCUGAAGCUCGUGAAACAGCACCUUGUCGAGCUCAAUGUGAACCUCGAUGUUGACAAGGCCUUCGUACCGGGGCUUCGCCGUGGAUUUGCCCUGGUCCCCCUCACUAAUCUGGAGGGGGAAACUGGUGCAGACCAGCGAACCAGGGUGCAGGAAGUCCUGAGGACAGUGCUAGCGGCGAAAAUCAUUACAGGGCAGCGACCUGAAGGUGGAAACCGCUACUUCUUCGCGGCCCUUAGCCAGAGUCCAGAACGCCGUCGACGUGCACAACUUGCUGGCAAAGUCAAACGUCUCAUCAUCGAAGAAGGUGGUGACCCACGCCGAAUUGACGUCGAGUACGGCACUGCCAACUUGUGGUACAAUAGUGUCAAGAUCGCAUCGAGGGUGACCUCGGCUCCCGACAAGGCCACCACUGAGAAGGAGCGGGUGGCCAUUUUGGCCAGCGACCCGCAAAACAAGGUGCAUGUGAUCAGCUGGAAUGUAGGGGGACUUACCUCUGCUAAAGUACUGGAUGUCCUUCUUGCCCUCCGGCGACAUGGAAUUCGUCCCUUUUCGGAGUCCCUGAUCGUACUGAUCCAAGAGGUCAUUUGCGAGGCGGGGUUGGGGGCUUUCUCAAUCCACAUUCCACACCACGCCACACUCUCCAUUACAGAACAGAUAUUGCAGGGGGUGCACAACCACACUACCCUCCACAACAAAGCUGUCAUCGGCAUGGAUGCUAAUGAGACCUUCAGCAGUGCAAGUCAAAACAAGCAGAUCAAAGCAGCAACAGCUCGAGGGGAACUUCUGUUGGAUUGGCUCGAUGAGGAGCGCUUUUAUCUGCCGCCGCAGGAGCUUCAGAAAGCAAGCCACUUUCCGUACAACACUGAACUCCUGCCCCGGAGGUUGGAUUAUAUCUUUGUUAAGAGGUUGCUCUGUGACUCGGGGGAAGUCCUCGCCCACCGUGAUGUCGCGACCUCUGACCGUGAGCCUGUCUUUGUACCCCUGGCACAACUUCGCUUGGCAGCCGAAACGGCGACGAAUCCUGCAGCGUGGUCGGCGAGGCAACUGCUCAAGGGGGACAAGGUGGAUCGCAUCCUCGACAGAGAAGCCAGAGUGGGGGGGGACCCCGUCGCACAGCUGCAGAAAGUUGCCGUCGCCAUCACGAAGCCAGGGAAAAAGAAAGUGCCAUUCGUUGAGAGUGCGAACCUGCGAGAAGUUCGCCGGCAGGCCCUCGUGACCCCGCCGGGAACUGAGGUUGCUGAACUCGACUGGGGGAUGAAGAAAGCCCUGCUUGAACAGUCGCGGGACCACUCGUGGGAAGUUGGCCUCACAGAAGACGAGAACUGGCGACACAAGCUCCGCGAACACUUUGACUUUAGUGCAUACACGGCGCACUGA